UCUCUUUCUUUCUCUCUCUUUCUCUUUACGUGUUUGUCUUUUCUUCAUCUAAAAAUUAUAUCUCCAUAAAUAUCAAAAUUCUAAAUUAAUUAAAAUUAUUCAUCUCAAUCAAACCGAUCAUCCACAAAGCAAAAAGCAGGUUUUAUUUGCACAUUAUACCAUACAACCGCGGACUUGAAGGCCUUGCAAGGACCUGAAGACAUAAUACCUUUUCUUUGUUGCUGACAAGAUUUGAGUGAGACUCUCCUGUUCACGCUAGGGAGGCUGGCGGCUUAUUAUUGUCAGAUGAAGGUUAUUGCCCUAGUUUCAUAAGAACGGGUUUCCUGGGCUAAAUAGUUCAAACUAGGGCUUUGUUGGAGUUGAGGGCAUGAUGAUCAAAUGUCAUUUCCUUUGGCAUUUCUUACUUUGACACGACAUAAGUUGAUGUGAGGGCUUGGAAUGAGGACAGAUUACAAGUACAGGGUAUUUAUAUGGUGGAUAGCUAGCUAGCUUUGCUAAUGUAUAGAACCUCAAUCACAAAUGAUGUUGCAAGCAACUUUUUGGUCAAUCUGGCAGGUUAUGAAGAGAUCUCAUUCUUAUGGUGUUCCUAUGAGCGUGAAGAGCUCAUAGGAAAUAGGUUCUGCUAUUGUUGCAGAAUUAAUGACCUUGCAGUGUGAAAAAUGAAAUCAACCUAUACGAUUAAAGAUUCUUCUGUGAUGGGGUGACGGUGACGAGUUGUUGAAAACCUGAAGUUCAUUUUACACACUGCCACUAAUUGGGGAGUGAGGAGUUGUUGAAAAACUGAAGUUCAUUUUACAGGCUGCCUAACUGUGGGGUGAGCAUGAAAACCUGAAUUUCACUCGACAGGGUGCAACUAACUUUCUGAUUAGUUGUGGGACUCGUUUGCACUAUGACAACUGCUGGUAGUACGGGGCAACUUUCUCUUGGAAGGACUGUCUGGCUUAUGCCAUUUUUGGUUGAUGAUAGGUGAUGAUUGCUGACCAUGCUGCUUCCAGAGCACAUUCUUGACUGGGAUUUGUGUUACGUCUGUUGGUAGUGACAUGGGAGCAGGUGUGCGCCAUCUUGAUCUGCUGCUUAUCUGUGCACACUUUGAAUUUUUUGCUGGUGAAAAAGAACUGAAUGGUGCACAGUUGAGUGGGUUGAAACUUUAUUACUAUAUCCCCCCUAAGGUUCAGAGUAGAGGCACUGAGCAGAUACUAUAGUGCUCACUAGACGCAAUGUUCUCUCUCUUUUCUCACUGCCAGAUGGUUUUAUCCCGAUUCAAUUGUAUGCUGCUAAUUCCUUUAAUUGAGCCUGUUGAGUUAGUGAUCCUCUGCUCCUUUGGAGGCUUAGGUUGUAAUCUUACUCUAUUGGUGCCUUAGUACGAAACAGAGUGAGAGAGCAAUCCUGAUUAAUAGAUUCUGUGUGUUGCAUCACAAUACAGAGCUGGGGCCCAAUGGAAGGUACAUUUUCAUAGUGGUGCCACUAAGAUGUAGCACAUUGAUGUUAGUAUAUUGCUAAGUGUGCUGCAACUCUUUAGAGCACUUAAUCAUAAUGUUGCUUGGUCUACCCAAUAUUGAAGGACAACUAUCAUAGGUGGUUGAGAUGAAUGAGACAACAUGUACAUUACCAGUUAGCCUCUGUAUUUAUGGUUGAGCUCCCAUUGAUGUAAAAAAAACUCUCAAACUUGUAACACUUCUGUAUCUUGGAAAUUUCUCUGUAGAUCCUUGGGGCUAGUUGAUACCCGGCACUAUUCAUCUUUUUGUACUACCCACAAUCUUCUGAGGUGGUGCCUCUUAUAUUUCACUUUGCAAGUAGAUGCAACGAUGGAAGCUUUUACAGCCAUUUCACAGUUUUUGCUUCUAAUCAUUAUUUUGUACUCGCAACACUUCAUACUGAAUUCAUUCAAGCACAAAGCAUAUCUGCUACUGUUAACAAAUUUAUUUCCUUACUUUCUCCCUCUGACAAGAUGAUUCUUAGCUUGUCUCAUACCAUCCCUAUCCAUAUAGUUUCUCUCUCUCAGACAAGUCAACUUGUUUUGGUGCAUCUCAUACAAAAAUAGCAGUUGCUUCUUUCUAAACUCUCAUAUAUUCUUUUACACUGGUACAUCUCAUAGAAAACAUUAAUAAGUGCUUGCAUAGGAACUCUCAUACUACUCUCCCACCCCUCGCUCUUCGUCCUGCAUUUAUCUGAGUUCUGAACAUUGAAACAGUCAUUAUCAGAAAAGAUUGAUGGAACAAAAAUUGUAGGGGCUUCUUCUUAAUGGAAUAUAUUUCAGUGAGACUGCCAUGGGAUGAGGGAAACCAAAUUGGCCAUGUCUAUUUGGUGGUAUGGCUCGUCAAAGGUUUCUUUUCACGUAGAGAUAAAUUUAUUGCCGACAUUCACGUACAAUGGGGCACAGAAAUUCAUUCAACAUGUCUCAAAUAUUUGAGACAGAAGAUGAUCAGAGAUGGAAUCAUCCAGAACAGCCACCUUUGCCUUUCGCAAGGGCUGGUGCUCCUGAAAGCAGUAAUCUUGUUUAUCCUGUGGACAGUAUGUCGAUCGACGGGACUCACCAUCCUGCUCAGGGGAGUCAUGCCUCCAGGCCAAGUGGAUAUUCUUCCUCGAAUCCAAAUAUGGAAAUUCCACACUGUCAGCCACAGGUUCAAGGUCCUCUUCAUGAUCCUUUUUUGCAUUCAGGUACUGGUGGAGGCUUUCAUAUGAUCCAUGAGAGUUAUCCACAUCAAGCAUCUUCAUCAAGCCACGGCGGACAGACAUAUCAUGGGGUGGAUGGAGGCCUUGUUGACCUCACAAUGGGUAGUGGGAGAGGGCCAUACAAACGGAAGAGUCCUAGUAUACCUGCAGGUGGUGAAAGUGGCAGUACGAGCAGAUACUUUGAUGCUGGCAGUUCAUCUGAUCUCCCUUCUGACUCUUGGCAUGAGAAACAAAAUCCGGACUCCCAUUACACAAGUUGGGGUUUACACCCUAGUUACAGAGGUAAUAGUCUGUCUAUUGGAGGUGAAGGUUCUCAGAGGAAUGUAAGAAGCAGAGCCGCAUUUGACCUGCAAAAUAAUGUAGGAAGGGCUCAUACAACAAGUACUCCUCCACAUCAUUCUAAUAGCAGUAGAACAAGCACUGAUUAUUGUAGUUCAGUGAACUAUCUAGCUCCAAGUUCAAAUUCUUCAGCAAGGGAAUGGAACCAUGCAGUCAUGCCGCCUGCUGCUGCUCAUGGGAGGAGUUUCCCUCCUGAUACAAGCUUCUAUUGUUAUGAUAUGAACCACUAUGAUAUGGUUACCGGCAAUAUCUCUACCUCUCUGGAGAUGGGGAAUUACCACAAUGAUUUCAACCCCAACAGAAGUUCCCUUCCUCAACAUUUGCCUGGCAACUUGCAAUCUUCGAGGGGAGUCCGAAGUAGCUACAAUCAAAGAUCUUCUCCUGGUUUUAGGGCUUCUUCAAGCUAUUUGCGCCAUGGGCAUGUUGGUACUUCAGAUGACGCAUCACAGAUGUUUGCUGAAGGUUACUCCUCAAGACAUUCACGGCCAUUGUCUACUCUAGGACUGCGUAGUAGCGACCGAAAUGGGAGAGCUAGGGUAUCUAGUGAUAGGUACAGAUCAUUGGCUGGUGAUGCAGGUUUCCGUGAGCAACUUGCAUCUGAGGGUGUUAUUCUUCCAGAUCGUUCCACUUAUUAUGGAUCCAGAAGCAUGUUUGAUCAGCAUAGGGACAUGAGACUUGACAUUGACGACAUGGGCUAUGAGGAACUUCUUGCACUGGGAGAAAGAAUUGGCCAUGUAAAUACUGGUUUGGCGGAGGAGCUGAUUUCAAAGUGUCUGACCGAGUCAAUUUAUUGUUCCUCCGACCAAAUUCAUGAGGAAGGAAAUUGUGUUAUCUGUUUGGAAGAGUAUGUGAACAUGGAUGAUGUCGGGACGCUGAAAUCGUGCAGCCAUGAUUUUCAUGUGGGGUGCAUAAGAAAAUGGCUGUCGAUGAAGAACGUGUGUCCGAUCUGCAAGAAAACUGCUUUGGAUGACGACGAUAUGAAAGAAAAAUGAUCUAUUUAGUUAUGACCUAUUGGCAUAAACUUUGUGUAAAUAUGUAUUUAGAACAUUUCUCCAAUGAGGGAAAAACUAGCUUCACCUCAAAAUUUGUACAGCAAAUGUUGUAUUAUCAUCAGUCAUCCUUUCAAAUGUUUAAAGGAUCUCUUUGUA